AUGGCCAACAAUGAGACUGCGGUUGCGCCCUCCAUCGACAGUGCUACCACCAUGCCCGUUCUGGGUGUCCAUGAAAACAACGACCCAGAGAAAGGACUCGCACCGCCAGAAAAAGAUGAACAAUCUUCUGAGAAAUUAAUUGCUGCCGGCCCAGCACCAGGAACUUCGGUGAUUGGUCCACCACCUGAUGGAGGUGCGCAGGCAUGGCUGGUUGUCCUAGGAGCCUUCUGUGGUUUAUUCGUCAGCUUCGGCUGGAUCAACUGCAUCGGAGUCUUCCAAGAUUACUACCAAGCUCACCAAUUGAGCCACUUCUCCACUAGCACAGUAACAUGGAUCACAUCGCUGGAGACUUUCAUGAUGUUCUUUUGCGGCCCAGUAUUCGGAACUAUAUUUGACAGCUAUGGCCCACGCUGGAUCCUCCUCAUCGGCACAGUCCUCCACGUCUUCGGCCUAAUGAUGGCUUCCCUUUCAACUGAGUACUACCAAUUCAUUCUCGCUCAAGGAAUCUGCAGCCCAAUCGGCGCAAGCGCCAUCUUCAACGCCUCCGUCAACUCCGUCAGCACCUGGUUCGCCAAGCGUCGUGGUUUCGCCCUCGGCGUAACAGCCUCUGGGUCCAGUCUGGGCGGAGUCAUCUUCCCAAUCAUGGUCACCCAGCUGAUUCCCAAAGUCGGAUUCCCCUGGGCGAUGAGGAUCUGCGCUUUCCUCAUCUUGUUCAUGUUGGGUAUCGCCAACCUCACGCUGAAGUCCAGAUUACCGCAUCGCCCGAAGCCAUUUGAUAUCCUGGGUUUCCUGAGGCCAUUGGCUGAGCUCAAGUUCGCACUCACGCUUGCUGCUGCCUUUUGCUUCUUCUGGGGCAUGUUCGUGCCGUUCACUUUUGUUAUUACCCAGGCACAGAGAUAUGGCAUGUCUGCCAAUCUGGCUGGGUAUCUGAUUCCGAUUUUGAAUGCGUCUAGUAUCUUCGGUCGCACCCUCCCAGGUUAUCUCGCCGACAAAGUCGGCCGCUACAACAUGAUGGUUCUAACGACUUUCUUCUCGGCAAUCCUCGUCCUAGCCCUCUGGCUACCGUCGAGAGGCAAUAUCCCAGCAAUUUUGUUCAGCGCCCUAUACGGCUUCGGCUCUGGUGCGUUUGUCUCACUUGCACCGGCUCUUAUAGCGCAGAUCUCCGAUCUUCGCCAGGUGGGCGUGCGCAACGGCACUUUCUUUGCUGUCAUCUCGUUUGCGGCGUUGACUGGUACUCCUAUUGGCGGUGCUCUGGUCCCCGAUGUUCUCCAUGGUGAUUAUACUCGGCUACAGAUAUUCUGUGGUGUUGUUAUGACUGUUGGGUCGACUUUGUUUGUCUUUGCCAGGGGGGCUGUUGGAGCUCCCAUGUCCCAUGUUGUCCAUAUUCCUCAGUGCAAAGGAAACAUCUAUCCCAACAUGGCUUCAAUCUUCGCAUGGUUAUACGAUUACUUGCAGGCCGUGAGGGGCACGAAUACCACAUUCCUCACAGACAAACACGUCCCCGGCGCCAAUCUGACAGGCAAAUGGAUUAUCAUAUCCGGAUCUAACAACGGCGUUGGCUUCGAAGCAGCAAAGUCUUUCGCAUCAUGGGGCGCAAACCUAAUUCUCGCCUGCCGCGAGCCACCCGCGUGGGAAUUACAUCCAACAGCUGCUGUGGAUGAAUGCAAAGCCCUCGCCGCCGCGAGCGGCCAUUCAUCCACUAUCGAAUGGUGGCAGAUCGAUAUGGCAGAUCUCAGCAGCAUCGAGGCUUUCUGUCAAAGAUGGCUAGAAUGCGACCGUACUUUGGAUAUCCUAUGUAACAACGCCGGCAUUCCAGAAUCUACCAAGCAAACCUAUAUGACGAAGGAUGGUUUCCAGCUAGUUCAUCAGGUCAACUUAUUAUCCCAUGUACUACUUACCCUACGACUCCUACCAUCUCUAGCUCGCAGUGCCGAGCCUCGAGUCAUAUGCACAACCUCAUGUUACCACCAUCUAGGAGUCUUCGAUCUGGACCAUUUCAAUGGUGGACCGGGCCAGAAGGGCCGAGAUUAUCAAAACAACAAACUUUACUUCCAAAUGUGGAUUGCAGAGCUACAAUCUCGACUUCUCAAGAACCCCGAGUACCUCCACAUCACAAUGAACGGCGUCCAUCCUGGUUUUGUGGCUUCGGGUAUUUGGCACGGUCUUCAGAACACGGGCAAGGCCCCGGGCGGACUCAACUUUCUUUUGCGCUAUGUCGCUAUCACGUCGCAGCAGGGUGGGUUAGCUAUUUCUCAUGCCGCUACUGCUUCGGAGUUUGGGCCGGAUCCGAGGAAGCAGGGUGUUGGCGCGGAAAACGGGCGUGGUGGAGGGAGGGACACAGAGGCUAGGUCGAGAUUGUGGAUUAAACUGGAUGAGGAGCUCGGGUUACAAGAGAAGGGUCUUUUGACGGGUUUGGGUAUUUAA